AUGGAUUUUCGCAAUGUUAACUACGUUCAUGACGACGACAUUGGUGACAGAAGGUAUCAAUCUUGCGGUGACAACAACAACAUUAGCAAGUAUUACAACAUUAACAACAACAAUUACAACAACAACAAAUAUCUAGACAGCAACAACAACAGCAAACCAGACAGCAGUUUAAUAAUGACAAAUGAAAACCAUCUGUUGAAAACCAGUGCGAAAAACAAGCCGUGGAACAAAUCAAGUAAGAAGAACAAAAACCACCACAACAACAAUAACGACAAUAGCGUUCCUUACAUCAACUACAACAACAACAAAUCAAAACACAUAACUUCAUCAAUAUUCAAGAACACAUUUAACACUAACUAUUUGGAUGAAAAGCAACAUCAGCCACACCGUCCGCAGAAGCAGCUUCAACAGCAGCAGCAACAACAACAGCAGCAACAACCGCAGCGACAGCCACAACAACUACGACAGUUUAAUUUGACACGUUGGUCCAAACUAAGAGGUAAUACAACGGAGCAUUUGUUAGAACAUUUAAACGACAUCAACGAUGCUGAUCACAACAUCACCAGGACCAACAACAACAACUUCAUUGGUAGCACCAACAUCGCCAAAAUUAACUACAACAACGACAACAUUGUUAAAGGCAAUAACAACACCACAACCAACAACAAAAACUUUGCCGACAACUACAUCAACACGAGUCUCAGAAUUUUACUGGAAACCAGACUAUUGUUGGUAGAAGUAAAACCACCACAACGACAACCGCCAACAACAACAUCGUCAUCGUUCUCAUCACAAUGGUCGGCUGAUCAUAAAGCGGGUAAUGAUGAAGUGAGUAGAUCAAUAACAGGAGAUGAUCACAAUGAUAUCGGCCGUGGUGAUUGUGAUGAGGGGCGGCGUGAUGGCUCAAUGGUUAAAGGCGCCUGGUCUUGCUAUUGCGAUGACUGGGUUCGAAUACAAAGAGAUCCCCGCCUAUCAUAUGCAAUGUGUAUGAUGCGUGGUUUGCACGCGUAUUCAUGUACGCUGUGUGUGUUUGUCGUUGAAACCUCUGAAGCUAACGCAAAAGAGAGAAAUUACAUCAACAACAACAACAUCAACAACCCUUUCAAAAACAUCAACAACAACAUCAGUUACAUCAACAACAGCAACAUCAGUUACUUCAACAACAACAUUAUCAACAACAUCAACAACACCUAUUUAGGUUCAAGUGUUGAUAGUCAAGAUUAUACAAACCAUGAUGGAAACCAUCGCCAUGCUAACAACGUAUAUGAUAUGAUCAUGCAGAAUGAUCAUAAGGAUAAAGAUGAUGACGCUGACGAUAAAAAUAAUGAUGAUAAUAUCGUUGAGAAUACCCAUGGUCAACCUCUGUUGGAUGAACUAUUUACGAGGAGGCACGAAAAGAUUGGAGAGAGAAUGCGCAGGAGGAGAGAGGAGCUAAAGAUGAAUAGGAGGAAGAGAGGGAGGAGAGCCAUGGUAUUGAAAGAAAGACGAAAAUUGAAAGAUGUGGUGGAAAGGAGAAGAGAUGGAAGCAGAGAAGAAAGGAAGGCGAUCUUUGGGAUGUAUCAACAGAAAAAAUCUGUCACUACAGCUACUACUGCUGCUUCUGUUGCUACUACAGUUACUACAGAUGCUACUAAUGCUUCGCUUAAUGCCACAUCAGCCUGUUUUGAUAGAAAGGUUAUUGGGAAGUUAUCGGAGGAGAAUAAUGAGAGAAGGAUGAAAGAAGAAGUUGGACUGGAAGAAGAUGAAGAUGACGAUGGCCCUACUGCUAGAGUUUCUAGGCUACAACAUCAGAAACAUCAACACAAACAUCAACAACAACAACAUCACCACCAACAUCAACAACAACGACAUAAAGUUGCAAUGAGAUUCUCUUCUUUAAAAAGACAACAACAGCAACAAGCGUCAAAGGGCAAACAAAAUUUAAUAACAUUUAAACAGAACGAACAAAUACCAUCAUUGCUGACAACAACUACACCCGAACUAACACCAACAACUACAUCAACAACACCAAUUACACCAACAACUACAUCAACACCAAUUACAUCAACAACAACAACAACAACAACAAUGAACACAUCCGAUGACAGGCAAACAUUUACAAAAUUCAGCAAAUCAAAUAAAUUAAAACUCACCGGCAACAUCAUCAACGUAAAACAAACAACAGAUCAUUCGCCACCACAGCUUAAUACUAGUAACAAUACUACAUUCAUCGCUAGUACUAACUUAGUACAAGAGUUGAACUGCAGCAGAUGUAGAAGCAGUAGUAGCUCUCGUAGUAACGUUACUAGUAGAAACAAAUCAAACCUUGUUAAAAGCAGUUUCAGUAAUUUAGCGAUUAGUAAAAUUAGUAAAGAUAAUUACUAUAAUGUAUGGCACUCUGAUGGAAGUUUGCUUAAUGCUGGUGGUGCUGAUAUGGGUGGUAGCAGCAACACAGAUACCGUUGCGGAUGCGGGCGUCCAUUCAACUGUUCAAUUAUCUUAUAACGUUCAACUGAAGUUCAAUUUUGCAACAUCCAAAGCUCAAAAAAACCAAGUUGAAACGAUCAAAUAUAGCAAACAUGCUUUUAAACAAAAACUAAAGUGA